AUGUACUUAAGAACCCAGCGGCAGUUCAAGGUGAAGGACUCAACGAUCUACAUUUUCCCGGACUUCACCACACACACAGCCAAAGCCCGUGCAGCCUUCAUUGACAUCCGACGCCAGCUCAGGGACAUCCCCAACAUAAGGGAUACAUCUGCCGCAUUGAUAAGCCACUCUCCAAGCAGCAGCUAUGAUACAUCAGUGGAGGCUCGAAUCCAGAAGGAAGAAGAAGAGAUUCUCAUGGCCAAUCGACGCUGUCUGGACAUGGAAAGCAGGAUAAAGAAUCUCCAUGCCCAGAUCAUAGAAAAGGAUGCCAUGAUCAAGGUGCUCCACCAGCGCUCAAGGAAGGAGCCUAUCAAGUCAGACCUACCGUCUGCCAUGAGGCCUUCUAAGUCCCUGAUGUCCAUCUCCAACAGUGGCUCUGGUGGAUCAGGACUGCUUUCUCACAGCUUGGGACUGAGUAGUUCGCCCAUCACUGAAGAACGCAAGGACACCUGCUGGAAAGGCAGUCUGGGGGUUCUGCUGGGUCCUGAGUUUCGUACAGAGUCUCUCAGGACAGAAUCAAUCUCAUCAUCCCCCUCCCCAGUGCUUCCCUCCACCCCGAUGACCACAGGCCACUCAAAGACAGGCAGCAGGGACAGUUCCACUCAGACCGACAAGGGUCAUGGUCAGGAUACCAGCAAGCCCAGCACUCCAGCCCUUCAGAGCAUGACACUGCCUGCCCGCCUAUCCAGCCCUGGCCCCAUCUACAUCCCUGACCGCAUAGCAGACGUGGCAGUGUUUCACGGCAGCACCCUGGAGCGGAGGCUACCUGUCCAGUCCCACCCACAGCAACAGCUCCAUCCAUCAAAUCCAUCCACCCAACAGGAACUGGACAAUGACAUGGUAGAGAUCCUAAUCUGAUACAAUGACCUCUGAAAAAAAUCCAAAUGAUGACAGUUCAAUAAGAACAAACACAGCAACAUGUAAAUCAUCUUGACUUAUUCCUCACACCAGAAGACCAUCAUGACACACAUUUUCAUACUCUGAUGUUUACACAUGCAUGCAUUUAAACACAUUCUCUCUAUCCCAUGAACAAAUCACUGUUUGUCAUAGACAUAUGAAAAACCCUUUAAAAGCAAAAAGCAGAAGUGUGACAUACCUCUGCUUUUCCUACAGUUGAAGUGAAAGUUUAUGGCCUAAUAUUUAUCUUUAUAACUGUGAUGGUGAUAAGGUACUUUGGCGACUUAUGUUUGAAGUUGAAUGGAAGUCAUUGAAUGUUUCAUUCAUUAUGUAUUCUUGAAAAAGUUGACAGGACUGAUGAGAUGUCAUUUAAACAGGGUCUUUCCUGGCUGAAAAGUAGGCGGCAGUGGUACCAUCAAAAUG